AUGACUGACAAUACACAACACAACCGUGGUCGGUGGUGGGACAGGUACAACCCAGGUCCUGAUACCGAGCACAUUAGAAAUCGCAACGAGCGUGAAAAGGAGAUCCUGAGAAUCCUUGAUUCAAUAGGCUUCAACUGGCCUGUCUUCAUAGCUGUGUCGGCCGGAUUUCUUGCCUCCUCAUAUACCAUCUUCUCAAGCAAUAUCAUCAUUCCAGCUCUCCUCUAUGUUUAUCCCUCCGAGAAUGAGAGCGAUCAAUACUACUUCCCGCAUGCUAGUUUGACCAUUGACAUGGUGACUAUUGGCACCACCACAUUGGGCAUGCUCGUCUUUGGCCAUCUUGCCGACCUUCUGGGUCGCAAACGGCUAUACGGACUGGAAUUGAUCAUCAUUAUCCUAGGGACGGUUGGGAUGAUUCAAACCUCUGAUGGAUUCUCGAACGGUCGUGAACACUCGCUUGAUCUAUACGCAGCAAUCGCGACAUGGAGAGGGAUCCAAGGGUUGGGUAUUGGGGCCGAGGCAAGUUUUCACUUUAAUCCAUAUCCUGUUUCAGCAGUGAUUGCCUCCGAGUUUUCCUCCACAGAGACCCGUGGGACCCUCAUGGCGGCCAUGUUUGGGAUGCAGUCACUGGGGAGGCUUCUAGCUUAUGCCGUCACACUUGGAGCCUUGAAUUCAAUACCAAACGACAGGUCCGACCAUCGGGUUGCCGUUGACAGAAUCUGGCGCCUUGUGGUUGGCAUCAGCGCGAUCCCUGCUUUCGCCGCGGUUGGUCUACGUUUUACGAUACCGGAAACCCCGCGAUACUACACAGGGAUCAAGAAAGAUCUAAGGAGGGCAGUGCAGGCCGUUGAAAGAGUCGGAGGACGUCAAAAUGAACUUGAUCAGGUCCACGAGAACAUACAGCCAAUGCGAACCUGGAGGCGGGAGAAAAAGAAGUCCUGGUACUCCAAUGCGUCUUCCUACCUCUUCGGUAAAACACAAGGAUGGAAGAUCCUCCUUGGUAUCUCCCUGCAAUGGUGCCUUCUUGAUAUAAAUUUCUAUGGUCUGGGACUUGAUAGCCCCUCGACUUUGAAUCGUCUUUGGCUCUCAAGCCCGCCCAGGGCCAACAUGACCUGUCCUGAGGUCAAUGUUACGGUUCCAGUUGCAGCAUACGAAUACCAGACCGCCACUCUCACCCUCCAGAACAGCAUUGUCACUACAGUUACAAAGAUUGCCAACUCGAUCCCAACCGCUACAACGAGCGGGGUUUCAACGACCGAGAUUACAGUGGCAGCAACAGACCUACCAGCCUGGAACGAAGAUGCUGGCAACAUCUGCGCUACAAUCCACGAAUCCCUUCAAGACGCGGCGGAACGAGCCCUUGAGGUCACAUCUGUCGCCUCGAUAGUAGGAUCUAUCGCGGCCGUAUUCAUCAUCAACCGCUACAAACGACGGAAUCUUCUAGCGUGGACUUGUGGCAUCCUCUGCGUACUAUUUUUCGCGGCAGGAAUCGCAGUCAGACACGCCACUGAGACGCCCGCGAACGAAGCCAGUUUGGUCUUCUUCGCUUUGACGCAGUUUGUCUUCAACCUGGGUCCUAAUACUCUAACUUUCAUCAUCGCGGCUGAGUCGUUCCCGACUCUGUUCCGAGGCACCUUCCACGGCGUGGCAGCGGCAAUGGGGAAGGUUGGCGCGCUAAUCAUCCGGCCCAUCAUCAACAAGGUGACUCAUGACCAGGUGGGUAAAGACAAGGAAACACUGAGCUCUCUCCUGUUCGUCUUUUGCGGCAUUCAGCUAGUGAUGGUCGGCAUAGCUCUCAUACCAGCGUCCAUGGUGGAUGCGCAGGAAGAAGAUGAUGAGACCUCUCUGGAGUGGGCGGAGAGGAAACGCUGGUUGUGGCUGCUCUUUGGGAGGCUGCGUAACAAGUCGUUGGAGGAAAUCGCCCCAAAUCCGGAGAGUUCCCCAGAGAGACGGGACGUGGAGAUGAUGCAGAUCAAAACCGAUCGUGGGGGAAGGCCUCGAGACCGAGACCCCGAUGUGUCUCCGCUAGUGGUGUAA